AUGAAAUGUGAAGAUGUAGUAGUGCAGGUACAAGGGAGAAACAGGGUCCAGACGGGUGCCCUGUUUGCCCAUAAGUGCGUGGAGCCUGUAGGGGUCUUCAGGAGGGAUGUGGCAGCCAGUGUGGGCUUCAAGGGUCAGUUGACAUUGAAUGAUGUGGUCAUCGAAUUCUCUCAGGAGGAGUGGGAAUGCCUGGACCCUGGUCAGAGGGCCUUGUACAGGGACGUGAUGUUGGAGACCUACAGGAACCUGAUCUCUGUGGGAAUUUCUCCUCCUGUCCAAAACAACAUUUCUAAUAGAUAUGGGAGUGAUUUUAUGCAUCCUUCAAUACUGACACAAGACCAGAACCCACACAGGGGAGUACCUUACAAGUGUAAUGAGUGUGGCAAAACCUUUCAUCAGGUCUCAAAUCUCAGGAUUCAUCAGAGAAUCCAUAUAGGAAAGAAAUUGCAUAAAUGUGAUGUAUGUGACAAGGUCUUCUGCCAAAAUUCAAACCUUAUAAUUCAUCAAAGAGUUCAUACUGGAGAGAAACCUUACAAGUGUAAUGAGUGUGGAAAGGUCUUUGAUAAGAAAGGAAGUCUUGCAGUUCACCAGAGAAUUCAUACUGGAGAGAAGCCUUACAAAUGCAAUGAGUGUGGCAGAACCUUUUCUAUAGGCUCAUACCUCAAAAGACAUGGGAUAAUCCAUACAGGAGCAAAACCAUAUAAAUGUGAUGUAUGUGGCAAAGUCUUUAAUCAAAAAUCAGUCCUUGUGAAUCAUCAGAGAAUUCAUACUGGAGAGAAACCUCACAAAUGUAAUGAGUGUGGCAAGUUCUUUCGUGAAAAGCAAACCCUUAGAAGGCAUCAACAAGUUCAUACUGGAGAGAAACCUUACAAAUGUAAUGAGUGUGGCAAGGCUUUUAGUAUGAAAGGAAACCUUGCAGCUCAUCAGAGAAUUCAUACUGAAGAAAAACCUUACAAAUGUAACAGCUGUGGCAAAGUCUUUCGUGAGAAGCCAUCUCUUAGAAGGCAUCAACGAAUUCAUACUGGAGAGAAACCUUACAAAUGUAAUGAGUGUGGCAGAGCCUUUCGUGAGAAGCCAGCCCUUAGAAGGCAUCAACGAAUUCAUACUGGAGAGAAACCUUACAAAUGUAACAGCUGUGGCAGAGCCUUUCAUGAGAAGCCAGCCCUUAAAAGGCAUCAACGAAUUCAUACUGGAGAGAAACCUUACAAAUGUAAUGAGUGUGGCAGAGCCUUUAGUCAAAGUUCAACCCUAUGA